CACCAGGGCGCCCUUCUUUAAAUCCAUCCGCCGCUUCAUUUCCUGUUCCGCACUUAAUUUUCUUCCGGAUGGGGAAACGGAAUCUUUCGGCACUUUGAGUUCCCCUUGCCUAAAUAAAAUGGUGAAAAACUGGGGAGUGAUUGGUGGCGUUGCAGCCGCUCUGGCUGCCGGAGUGUAUGUGCUCUGGGGACCCGUUACAGAGAGAAAGAAACGAAAGAAAGGCAUGGUACCUGGGCUCCUGAACUUGGGGAACACCUGCUUUAUGAACUCCCUGCUUCAGGGCUUGGCGGCGUGUCCCUCCUUUAUCCGCUGGCUGGAGGAGUUCACAGGGGGCUACAACCAAGACCAGAACCAGCAGCAACAGCACCCCCAGCUGGCCAGAACCCUCCUGCAGCUUCUCAAGGCGUUGUCCACGCAGGAGCUGGCGGAGGGUGAUGUCCUGGACACAGGGAAGCUGCUGGAGGUCCUCCGAAUGUACAGAUGGCAGAUCAGCUCAUUUGAAGAGCAGGAUGCACACGAGCUCUUCCACGUGCUCACUUCCUCUCUGGAGGAGGAGGAGCGGGACCGGCACCCCCGCAUCACUCACCUGUUCGAUGUUCAGUCUCUCGAGAGAGUUGCAGGGAUGGAUGAGAAAAACCUCAGCUGCAGGAGUCGAGGACCUUUGCAUCCAUUACCAAACUCGUGGCAAUCCCAGCAUCCUUUUCAUGGACGACUGACCAGUAACAUGGUGUGCAAGCGCUGUGACCAACAGAGUCCAGUCCGUUAUGAUUCGUUUGACAGCCUCUCGCUCACCAUUCCUACGACAACUUGGGGCCGGCCUGUGACGCUGGAUCACUGUCUCCAACAUUUCAUCUCUUCAGAGACGAUCAAAGAUGUGGAGUGUGAGAACUGCACCAAGAUCCAUGCAGGUGGAGUGUUAAAUGGACAGGUUGUGGAAAGCCAGAGGACAACUUUUAUCAAGCAGCUCAAACUGGGGAAGCUGCCCCAGUGCCUGUGUAUUCACCUGCAGAGGCUGACCUGGUCCAGCCAGGGCACUCCCAUCAAGCGGCAGGAGCAUGUGCACUUCACAGAGUUCCUGUCCAUGGACUCCUACAAGCACAGAACGGCGAGUCAGAGGUCACAGCGACAGAACCGGGCAGUCAGGCUGAGCAUUCCAGAGGAUAGCAGGGUGUCUCCCAAACCCUCAGAUCCAGACCAAUCAAACAACAACAAAAAGCCACUGACGAAUGGAGCAUGCUCAGCAGGGUACCUGCCCCCCUCCACAACAAGCCCCCCAUUUGCCCUCACCUACGAGUGCAGUUUGUCUGCCUAUCUCUUCCGAUUGUCGGCUGUGUUGGUCCAUCACGGGGACAUGCACUCGGGACACUUUGUCACCUACCGCCGCUCCCCUCCCUCUCCCAAGAACCCCUCCGCCUUCAGCAGCCAGUGGCUGUGGGUGUCUGACGACUCUGUACGCAAGGCCAGCCUGCAGGAGGCGCUCUCCUCCAAUGCCUACCUGUUGUUCUACGAGAGGGUCCGGCCAGCCCCCUCACUUCUGCGCCCCAGCCCGAGGCUGACGCCUGAGGAGUGAGAGAGACUGUAUCGCCAGAGAUCCUGCAGAUAGGAAUGCAUUGCACCUGCCUCUGCCCUGUGUAUGAUCAGUCAGGUGGAUUCCGUCUUGAGGUCCUUCCUUAACCUUAACCACUACAGUACUGUACUGAUGCCCCGUGUGUGUUGUGAACUUUCCUCUAUAGCUGUAAAACCUUUGUCUUUUUAAUACACAGAAACGAAUAAAUAAAACAUAAGAGGAGAUACAUGAUGUUCCACUGUAUCAGUAUUAAAGUUUUACUGUCAAAUGCCUACACAUGAAAGGAAAGCAGUCAUGGCUCAUGGAAAGAGACCCUGUCCUUGAAAGUAGAUGUGCAAACAAGAUGCAGCAAGAUCUGUACCCACCCCAGCCACUGCUAAGGGGGGGGAGGGAGAGAAAAGGGUGUGAUUCUGUGGUACUGUUAUGUAAAAACAAGCAUCCAAGUUAUUGUAAUAUACUGAGCAAUGAUUCAAUACAUGCUGAGGACUAUUUGUAUUAUUUUUUUUAAUAGAAUAUAAAGAAAUGAGCAUCAUUGAAGUAAACCUGCCUGAUUGAUUCAGUCCUCAUUAUUUCAUUUAGCCAGAAAUGAGGUUUAACUUGACUUCCAAGACAGAUAUUGAAAUGUUUAUUUGAAUAGUUACUGGAAGAAAAGUUUUUAGCGUUUCUGUGCUCACUCUGAGCUAAAAUUGAAUAUAUCGGGGCUGGUUUGCCAGGUUGGGAAAUGUAUAGCUGGUCUACAUGUGGUAUAAUUGAGGUGUGCUUAAUGGAUGAUACUGUAAUUGAAAUGGGUGGGACUGCUAUGCAAUGGGACGGGUGUCUUUAAUGUAUUCCUUGAUUUACAGCCGGGGUUCUGUUAUUGCUGACUUUACACACAAGCGUUAGCUUAUACUACGAAGACCCUUGGAUUGCAUUGGCUUAAAACAAACCCAUUGCAGUCCAUGGGAUUUGUAGUAUAGGGGGAUUACAUUUAGACAGUGUCACACAAAGACUUUUUAGAAGAUUCUGGCUAUUGAUUCAGUCAGCCCAGUAGCAGCAGCUACAAUGCAAAAAUCUCCCCCUGCGUUGUCGUGCUGUUAGUCAAGAUUAAUGUGAGAAUGUGUGGGUGUCUUCCCAGUGAAUGUUUGUACACCUGUUAAUAUAUGCUGCCCGUCUUUGAUUUUUUCAGUAUUACCUGCGAAUAAUGUACGAUGUUGUACAUAAAUGUAAAAAUAAAUAAAUUUCACUAACAGGUGUAUGUCACAAAUUAUAUAUAUUUGCUGUGGGAACUGAAAUAAUGCCAUAUGUGUAUUUUCAUAGUUUUAAAAUAUAAGAAAGGAAAUAAUAUUAUUCAUAAUAAAACUGAUUAAAUAAGA